AUGGUGGAUCUCCUCAGUCUGCCAUCAUCAAAGCAGCAUAUACAGCUACGCAUGUGCCUUACACCUGAGAUGCGACGGGUGCUGGAGCACAAGUUAAACGUGCCCGCAGACCCAACAUGCUCAGUAGAUGAUGUACUGACAAAGCUCGAGGAGCACAUCAAAAAUGCCAGUAACGAGGCGCUGCGACAGAAGGCCUUCUCCAAGUGCAAGCAAGCAGACGGCGAGUGCUUCGAUGACUUUUGGAUACGGCUGAAAAUCUUGUCACAGGAGAUAGACCUUUGCAAGGCUCAGGACCAUACAUGCUGGACACAGUUUCAUCACGGCUGUUUUCCUCAAUAUAAAAAAGAUAAAAAGGCUGCCCUGAAACAGAAGUCUAAGAUGAGACCAAGCUCACCUUUGCCUAGUAAAGUCUGCAACUGCUGUGGUCGUCAACAUGAAAAAGGUCUAUGCAGAGCCACUACUUCCACAUGUCGUGCUUGUGGCAAGAAAGGCCAUUGGCAUUCUACUGCAAAGUGUCCUGCAGGAAUGCCAGAUGUAAGGUCUGCAAUCGGCAGGGACACUAUGAUAACUGCUGUCCAAAGAAACGGAAGGCUAAGAAGACAAAGAGAAGAGGACACACAGAACUUGAGAAUAGUAAGUUCUGUAUCCCCUUCAGUGUCACAUGCCAGGAGUGUCACCUCUACUGCACGUCCUAAACCUCAGCCUUCCCCUAAAGUCCGCGUAUCUAUUCGGCAUAAUGAUUCAUCAGGUAGUCUUGCCAUCAUCCCUGACACAGGUGCAGACACAACUGUCAUUGGACUCAAGCAUCUUAGUAGUCUUGGACUUUCGAAAGAAGACUUGGCACCACCAGCAGAGACAGUGUACUACAAUGCAGAUGGGUCACAGAUGCCACCAGUGGCUGGAUCAUUUUGUGGAACUAUCACCUAUGGCGACCGUUCGACUACAUGUUGGAUUGAUGUACAGCCUUCGCUUACGACCCCGCUGCUCUCUUGGAAGGAGUGCAAGGAUUUGGGGAUUGUUCCGGACUAUUUCCCCAGGCAAAUGUCGGAUGUGCACAUGGCCAAUCGAGUCCAUGGUCCGGAUAGUACACCAUUGAAGUCACCUGAAGAAGCAAGGAAGUAUUUUCUGCAUCAGUAUGCAGACGUCUUGGUGAAGAAGGACGACUUGCAGUCAAGGCCACUCAAGACGAUGAUUGGCCCACCCAUGAGAAUUCAUCUGCGGGAUAAUGCGACACCCUUCGCGAUUCACACCCCAAGAAUGAUUCCUUUGGCUUUUCAGGAACCAAUGAAGAAGGAGCUUGAGUCAUUAGUGACCCAAGGCAUCUUGAAGCCAGUAGAGGAUGAACCAUCAGAUUGGUGUCAUCCAAUGGUUGUUGUCCCAAAAGUGAAUGGUGGUGUUCGUAUUACCACAGACCUGUCAAAAACUCAACAGGUAUUGUCGGGUUUUGCUGCAACAGGAGACGCCUUUUGUCUCCGAGGUGACAGGGCACUUCAGGGAGUGACGAACUGCAUCAAAGUUGUCGAUGACAUUCUCCUACAUGAUGAGGACUACAUCUCACAAACUUCAAACUUCUGUGGGUACAAACUAUCAAGAUAUGGUAUUGAAGCAGACCCAGAGAAGGUGAGGGCCAUCACAGAGUUUCCUACCCCUGUGAACUUAACAGAUCUUCGGUCAUUUAUGGGCUUGCCACCCAUACUCGCGACGUUUGAUCCAGCUCUUCCUACCAUUCUGCAGACUGACGCCUCUAGACUCUAUGGCCUCGGCUAUGUGUUGCCGCAGGACCACGGUGCUGGAAGAUACAGAUGGUGCAAUGUGGAUCUCGGUUUCUUGACGGACACAGAAACACGGUAUGCGACCAUCGAAUUGGAAAAUGCAAGCUGUCGUUUGGGCUAUCAGCAGUGCAAGUUCUAUCUUCGUGGACUUCAGCACUUCAUGUGGUGUGCAGGUAAGGAGUUGCGCAUUCCUGAUGCCCUCUCCCGGUCACCUGUGAGUCACCCAACGGUGGAAGAUGGUACCUUCAAUACUGAGAUGGACACUUCUGUCAAGAUUGCGGCUUUGCAUGCUGUCAAGUCUGUUCAAGCAUCAGACGCUAUAGACGAGCAAGAGGAUCUCUUCAUGGAAGAAUUGCGUAUGGCUGCAUCUAAGGAUGCCUCAUAUGAAGAAUUGCUUCAUGUAAAGUCAGGGGUCCCCAGUGACUGCUACAACCUGCCAAAUACCCUGCGUCCGUACUGGAAAAUUCGCAAUGAGUUGUACAACGAUGGUGACUUGGUGCUGUAUGGACCUAGAGUGGUUGUUCCUGCUUCUUUACGCCGUAGCACCCUCGCUCGCCUGCAUGAUUGCCACUCCGGUGUAGAAGCUACAAAGCGUCGUGCACAGCAGACAGUCUUUUGGCCAGGCAUUAAUGCAGACAUAGUAAAUACCGUUCGUGCCUGUGAACCAUGCCAGCGCCUACAGCCUAGCCAGCAACAGGAGCCGUUGCUGUUAGAAGACAAACCCACAAGACCAUUCAUGUCUGUAUCAGCUGACUUUUUUAGUGUUGCUGGAAAACACUUUUUGGUGUAUGUUGACAGACUUUCUGGAUGGCCUGUUGUCAUCCCGUGUGGAAAUAAUGCAACAAGUGCUUCAACGAUUAGAAUCUUUCGGCACAUGUUCCGGGAUCUUGGUGUCCCAGUUCGCCUGCGCACCGACGGUGGACCCCAGUUCUCCAGCCGAGAAUUUGCUACAUUUCUUCAAUGA